UUAAGAAUACAUACAUCACUUAUCUCGAUGACGCAGAACGUUUUAGAUUUCACAUCUCGACGAUUGUUGAGAACAGAUACUCUUCACGAAAGCUCAGUCAUAAACAUGCUGCGGAAAGAUCAUUAUGGAUCAUAAGAUGGAAAAGAAAGAAAUAAGGAAAGCAAUUUGGCCUCAAUGGAUUGCUGGUACCGGAGUCACGCUUUCGCUGAUACAAGUAGGAAUAAUGGGGGCUUGGAGCUCGCCAUAUAUCGCGUAUCUAACUUCAUCCAAAUCCCAUAUUUCCGUAACAAUGGACGAAGCUUCUUGGAUAGUUUCAUUGCUUAACCUAGGCAGACCAGUUGGCGCCAUUCUCGGUUCUGUCGCCGUCAACUAUUUCGGUACUAAAACAACGAUUCUCGUGAGCAGUUUACCAAUGGCUUUCUGUUGGCUCUUUAUAAUGUUGGCUGAUCGAGCGGAGUGGUUAUAUGCAGCUAGAUUUCUAAGUGGCAUUGGUAUAGGAAAAACAUACAGCAGUUUUUCGCUUUACUUAAGCGAAAUCGCGGAUCCUACCAUUCGCGGAGCUUUGGUAUUUCUGGCGGUGUCUGGCUUAUCAAUAGGCAAUCUAAUGAUAUGCAUCAUGGGUGCGAAUUUAAACAUGGAGAUCUCUGCUAGCAUAUGUCUCGCCCUUUGUUUUAUACUGAUGAUCAUCUUCCUCUGGUUACCGGAAUCGCCGCAUCAUCUCGUCAAGAUUAAUGCCGAGGAAAAAGCCCGAGCAUCGAUGCUCUGGUAUCACCGCGAAUGUGACGUAGAAUCAGAGUUGCAAACCCUGAAGAAAUUUAUUGAAAUAAACAAUAGCAUAAGCUUCAUAAACGUUCUAAAAGAAUUCAAAGUUCCGCAUAUUUGGAAAGCGCUAGUACUCGUGUUGGUGCUCUUUAUGUACAGUCAAAUGAGUGGUUUGAAUAAUGUGGUGUUCUACAUGGAAAGCAUUCUGCGAAGCGCCAAUGUAAAUGUCAUAGAUCCGUCAACGGUCGUGAUCAUCGUUACCGCUUUUGGGAUUGUUAGUUCCUUGCUCUUUAUGCUGUUAAUUGACAAGUUUGGCAGACGAAUCCUGAUGAUCGCUUCCAGUUUGUCUGUCGCGAUCUCGCUAAUUUGCCUGGGGACGGCAUUCCAGCUUCUCGAUGCGAAUUAUGACGAUUUGCAAGCACUAGCAAUCUUCUCAAUGUUCUUCUUCGAGCUGGCCGUUUUUAGCGGUAUUAUCUCGAUACCUACCACGGUAAUGGGCGAGAUAUUUCCGCCGCAUGUUAAGUGCAUGGCUGGCUGUUUAACCAAUGUCAUGGCUGGAUUCUUUGCUUUCAUAUCCACGUCGACCUAUCAGCCUCUAAUUAAUUUAAUCACCGAGAAGUACGUAUUCUACAUCUACUCUCUGCUGCUGUUAACUGCUGUACCGUUUACACUCUCCUGCAUGCCAGAAACCAAGGGCAAAUCGUUGCAGCAAAUCCAGGAAGAAUUGACGAAGAAAAGUUGAAUCAAGUACGUUUAUUAAAUUGUAUCAGUGAACAAUUUAUAGCAAUGACUUGUAGCGAUGAUUUAUAGCAAUGAUUUACGAAUCUUGUGAUAAUGACUCAUUUUCUCGCACUCAUUGCAAGAAGUUUUUCAUAACAUAUUAAUAUCAGCGCCAAGUAACGUUAGUACGUCCAAUAAUAAUCUAAUAAAUUGUAAUUUCACGCGAUAUUUUCAUUCGGUAUUAACAAAUCGAUACAAAUAAGUAAUAUCUUAUCGUUAAAAAAAGCUGUGAAUUGAUGCGAAAUAGUAAAUGAAUAUUUUAACUUUAAUUCAUUGCCUUUAAUUCAUAGACUUAGUCUACGCUCAUUGCAUUAUUGAUACACAUAUGCACAAUAUAUUUUAUCUUUAUAUAUAUUAUAAUUGUUAAAAAAUUUUAAUUGUUUGUUUUGUUGAAUACUUUUUAUUUUGUUAACUACUAAAGAAUUAUUUAACUAUAUAAAGAUUAUAUUAAAAAUUGCGUUAUAAUGAAUAAUAAUGAAUGAUAAAUUUAUAAAAUCAGACGCGGCAGAGCGACACGAAAUAAUCUUGCUGUAAUAUAAUUAUACAAACUGAAACUAAUUCUUACCUAAUUUUUCUUUAGAACAAAAUUAUAAUUAAAAUCAUGAAAUUUUUUCACGAUUGAUAUAAGGUUCUCAUAUUUACAAAUGUGACGAAAACGAUUUGGUAAGAUAAGAGGCUAUUUUAGUUGCAUUAUCAUGUUACUUUUAAAUAAGCACGAUACAUUAAAUUAUCAACAUUUUGAUAAAAAUAAAUGUAAUCUCAUAUAUGAAACAAUAGAAUCUCUUCUAGAAAGAUUUAGAAAGUCAGAUGAACUGUCUAGUCUCACGAUACUGACAACGAGACAUGAUAAAUGAAUGUAAUGUAAUAAAAAUAUAAAAGCCAUUUUUAAAUUAGAAUCUGGAUUAAAAUUAAUAUAUCUCAUAAUGUAAUUAAGCAAUAAUAAUUGCAUGAAAUGUUAUUCAGACAGAUCUGAUGUACCGUUCUGAUUUAUUCCAUCGUUAAUUAAAACACAAUGUAAUUAUUUUUUUUAAUAAAUAUAACGCAUCAUAUAAUACGAUGAUCCACGAUGGAAUUCGGCAAAUAUUUCUUAU